ACCCUACUUCCUUGAACCCAGUCCCUAGAACCUUCCACCCUCAUCCAGAAAACACCUGCUUCUGGCGUCUUAAAAAUACGUCACACUCCUUCUCAACCCUAAAAUCAGUGUUCUUUGUUUUUUUGCAGAAAAGAUUAGGAGAUGGCGAAGCGCUUGAUUCCCUGCUUCAAUCGCAUUCUCAUCGAGAAAAUCGUCCCUCCCUCCAAAACCAGCGCCGGCAUUCUACUCCCGGAGAAGACCUCCCAGCUUAAUUCCGGUAAGGUGAUAGCGGUUGGACCUGGAUCACGUGACAAGGCGGGGAACUUGAUUCCGGUGUCUGUGAAGGAAGGUGAUCACGUGCUCUUGCCGGAGUACGGUGGCACGCAGAUCAAGCUCGAUGACAAAGAGUUCCAUUUGUUUAGGGAUGAGGACAUUUUGGGUAUUCUGCAUGAUUGAUGUUGUGAAUGUGAUGCGUCCUACAACAUGCAAAUUGUGAUUGAGUUGGAAAAUAAUUUGUCUUAGUUUAUGAAUGCAACUUGUUACAAACAUUUGAGGGGGACUUGUUUUUAAGAAUUUAUAUCCUGUUUUUGUAUUCUGAAUAUGGCAAUGGGAACCGUGCUUCUUACUUUGCUCCGCA